GAGUUGGAGGGGAAUUAUUCGUGAUUCCUUACAACCAUAAGACAGAAAGAGAAAGAAGAAAGUUCCACGAUGCAAGGGAAUAGAGCUAGUUUAGUUGAAGACUUGGCUCAUCUUUCUUGGAGAGAUAAUUGGUUUUUGGCAAACUUUCCAUUGACCCAAGAGACAGUUUUAGACUAUUUUUCAGGUUCUCCUUUUUAUGACCCUUCUUGCAACAAUGAGCAGAUUCGAAUGCAGAAACUCGACCCUGAAGUUCUCUACAAUUUGGUUGGAACAGAAUAUAUGGUAACGAACCAACAAGAGCCAGUCUUUUUCGUCGUCGAGAAGGUAUACAGAUACAAUAGAGAGGAAACGAAGACGCUGCAAGUAUUCUACAUUAUACAAGGAACAGUAUAUCAAGCUCCUUCUCUUCGAAGUUUAUUAUUGUCAAGGUUGUCAGAGAGUUUUUUUCAUAUAUCCGAAAGUUUUGAGUCCUUGCAGCAAGCCUCGUUGUUUAGCAAAGUAUCGAGCAAUCUGUUACUGAACUUUGAUAGAGAAGAGGAACAAGACAAAGUGGAAAACUUGGAGAAAUGGACCAAAACUUUGCCACAGGAACCCAAAGCAGUGGAAACAUCCCUUAUUGACCGUAUUCUAUCCUCCCUUUAGGAUUCGAAACAAGUCAUUGUGCAAAUAUCCAAGUGUUGUGAAUAAUUAUAUAAACAAUACUGGUGUAUGUAUUAUGUACCUCAGUUGUCAGAUGGCACUAUUAAUGAAGGUUUCACAUACCCU